AUGGACGAAGAUUUCUCAUCCCAGGUGAAGAAGAUUGGUCUGGCAAUGGGGACAUCCCUAUCAGACAAAGACAUUGACAUGCUGCCAUCAGACAUGAGGCACCAUGGUUCUUUCAACUACAAUAAAUUCUUUGAGUAUAUGCAGAAGUUCCAGACCUCAAGUCAGCAGGAGGAGAUCAUCCGGAAAUCCUUCCAGAUGUUGGACAAAGAUAAGAGCGGCUUCAUCGAGUGGAAUGAGAUCAAGUACAUCCUAUCCACUAUCCCCAGCACUGGCCCUGCAGCCCCCCUGACAGAUGAAGAGGCAGAAGCUAUGAUCCAAGCAGCUGACACAGAUGGAGAUGGACGGAUUGACUUUGAAGAAUUCUCUGACAUGAUCAAAAAGGAGAAGAUUCCAAAGAAGAAAUAAAGAGAAAACAGACCCCUUCCCCCAGCUGCUCUUCAUCAGAGUGCAUCCCAUCCUACUUACCUUCAGCUUUGAGAGUCACUGGGUUAUACCUGUACAUGCAGUGGGCCAGUGAGCCUGAGAUGGAGUGAGACGCUUGCUGGUGAUCAGCACCAGGCAGAUACAGCUUUUAUCCUGGAAAACAGAAUGUUAGCUCCUUGAGGGCAAGGGGCAAAGAUUUUUUUGUUUGUUUGUUUGUUUUGGCCUUUGUCUUUCUAGUACCUCUUAGUGCC